CUCGCUAUCCUAUGCAUUGGACGGAACAUAGACCUUCAAAUUUCAUUCGAAAACAAGAAGGUUGAAAAGAGAAAAAAAACAUAAAUCCACACUAAACGUUCUAUCCAUUCUCAAACCACAACCAAAAAAAAAAAACAAAAGAAAAAAAGAGAGAGGAGAGAAUAUGCGCCACCGCGGCCAACCGUCGUGACCUCGCCGGCGGUCACAGGUCCAUGGACUCCGCCGCCGCCGUCCUCGCCAUACUUAGCAAGCUGCAGUCCCUGGGCUUCUGUGCUGAUCUCCGGAUCCCCGACGCCGCCGCGGCCUCCGACCCCUCGGAGGCGUUCGACGCCGUCCUCGCCACAUUCCUCCGCGAGGCCUACACCGGCGGCCGCGAGGCGCGGCCUAUCCCGGUGGCGCUUGGAGAUGGCCGGUGCGUCGACCUCCUCCGCCUCUUCCUCGCCGUCCGCGCCGCGGGGGGCUACGCCGGCGUGCCCAACUCACCAGGCGGCUGGGCCGCCGCCGCCGAGUCUGCCGGCGUUGACUCCGCCCUCGCGGCGCCUGUCAAGCUGGUCUACGCCAAGUACCUUGGCGUCCUAGACCGCUGGAUCCAGAGGCUUGUGGAAGCGCACGGGCCCUUCUUGGAUGUCGACAUGAGGAAGAGGCAAGAGCUGUUCUUUGGUGCCAAUGGUGUGGAGGAAGAAGAAGAAGAAGGGCUCUUGAACUGCAACGGGAGGGAGCAGCGGCAUGUGAUGUUGAAGCGGAAGAGGGGGGACGUGGUUGGGAUGCUGGGUUGGGUGAGGGAGAUAGCUGAGAAGGCUGGCAAUGGUGUUGCUGUGGCUGCUGGGACCUCGGAUCUGUACUUCUCAAUGGCAUUGGCGGUCAGGGAGAUGGUUACCGGGAAGAGGGCUCGCCGAGCAAGCAUGUUGAAUGGCUCACUUUUUCAGGAAAUAUUCCCAAUGGCUUGCAAUUGCUGUACAAGUCCUACCAGUGUUGGAAUUUGUUCAAAAGCAAAGUUACUGAAUGGUUCUUUAGUGUUCACAGAACAGGAGAACAACUUGGCUGGAGAAGGGAAACAUGGGACUAGGACUCAUAAUUCUUCUAAUGGUUGGCUUUUUACAAGCCACCAGAAGAAUGAAAUACCAGUUGGUCCAGACUAUCAAGUACACGUGCCACAAUGGACUGGAGAGGUGCCUGUAAAUUAUGAUGAUCCAGAAACACUGAAAUGGUUGGGAACAAAGGUCUGGCCUCCAGAAAAUGAAAGCUGUAAAACAUUGUUUUGUGGUGAUCCUAUUGGCAAAGGUAGAGAAGUUGUUUGUGGUUGCCACUAUCCUGGAUCAGUGGAAUGUGUUCGGUUUCAUGUAGCAGAACGGAGACUUAAGUUAAAACGUGAACUUGGUGUGGCUUUCUAUGCAUGGGGAUUCAAUCGCAUGGGUGAGGAGAUUGCACUUUCUUGGACAGAUGAAGAGGAGGCAAGUUUCAAGGCUGCAGCACAACAUAGUGCUGCAUCUUCUGGCAGGAAUUUCUGGAACCGCCUCCACUUAUUUUUUCAAUUCAAGGGGAGGAAAGAACUGGUGAGCUAUUAUUUUAAUUGUUUUCUGCUUAGGAGGAGGUGCUACCAAAACAGGAUCACUCCAAAGAACAUAGACAGUGAUGAUGAUGAAGAAACAGAAUUUAGAUUCCUAGGGAAUCGACUUGGUCACUUUGCAGCUAAGUAUCACAGUACCAAGCACACCAUCUGCAUUGAAAAUACACACACUAUGGAUCUAGACGAGUAGUAGUUGAUUGUAUCUUAUGAAGCUGAUUGAGGUCUGCAAAUAGUUCAAUUGGGAGAUUGAGCUGAUGAUAUUCCUCUCAGUGAUUAGUUACGUUGCUGACAGUGCACACGAGUUUCGAGAAGCCAAGCAUGCAAACAAUUACUUACUGCUGCAUAGAUGGAUUGUAGGCUAAUCCACGUUCAAAUUUGAUACUCAAGUUCUGCGAGGUGAUACUGGUCAUUGAGCACUUACAUGGAUGCACAUCCAGAAUGUGAGAAAUGCAAUGAUUUGACAGUGUCAUGGUUCCUUGAAGAUAUUAUGUGUAUCAGCACUUUUCGAGUUUUUGUAGCUUCCUUUUUCCCUCUGUGAAUCAUUAACAGGAUCCUUAUCCAGUAAGUAUACUUGUUGGUUUCACGCUCUAGGCUCCUGUUGUUGUAGUUCUCCGAAGUGGGAUGGAGCAGAUGUAGAUGUUAGUGUUCUGAAAGUAGUGCUGUUCAUUGUAGACUCUGCUUGUCUUUCAGAAACUUAUGUGAAGCUUUCUUUUGUAACCAGUCGAAUAUCAGGCCAGCAAUCUGAUCUUUGUAAUUUUUCAUAUGAAUGUUGUGGUA